AUGAGAUUCGCUCUACUUGCUGCCCUCAUCCCGCUGCUCGGUGGUGUAUCAACCUUCGCCAUCCCCUCUUCUGCCUCUCCUGUCAGCCUCAUCGCUCGUGAAAUCGCAGGAUUAGACGACGUCCCCGCCGCUUGUACCUCCAAAUGCGCCAGUACCCAAGAGUUCGCACAAAGAUGUGAUGGCGGUCAAGAUGUCGAUGCGUGUCUCGAGAUCUGUCAACCAUCUCUGCUCAGCGAGUACGAGGAGUGCGCUACCUGUAUUAUAGAUAACUUUGAAGGUCUCUCGGGAGAUGAUGAAGCUCUAUUGCAAUUCGCUCUCGGUCAACUUAAGGAGGAAUGUGAUAGUCUGACAGCAGGUGGUAACUCUACUUCAUCAUCUAACUCCACCACUACCGGCUCUGCUGUUAUCUCCGAAUCAUCAACUUCCCCUUCUAAUUCUGCCACCAGAACCCUCAUUAGCGCCACUAGCAUCGCUUCCAGUCAUGCCUCAAGUGCUUCUUCCGCUACCUCAUCUGCCGCACCAUCAGGUAAUGCUGACUCCGGAGCCUCUGCAAGGACCCCUGUUGGUGGCGCAAUCGCUUUCAUCGGUGUGGCUGUCGGUCUUGCUGUAUUCGCUUAG